AUGGCCGCGGGUUAUUUUCUUCAUUUUUCAGCUCAGCAUCGACUUGAAUUAGCAUUUUGUUUGUUAUGCAAGUUCAACUCGUUUCUCCUUCUUCAAACCAUGAUUUCAGUCUUUCUUUUGAUGGCAUGUAAAAAUGCAGUUAAACAAAGUUUAGGGGUUUCAUUUGUCGCUGUUUAUUGGUGA